AUGUCUGGACAGAAGAUCAAAGGAACUAAAUCUUUUCUCGACGGUAAAAUGAAAUGGUUUCGAGGAGCGAGCUGCACGCUCGAGCAGAGCGCGUGCUGUGACCGCUGCACCCUCGCACGCUCUCCAGCGGACGAGUGUCCUCAGGAGACAAGUGGUCGCGAGUCGCGCGGCAAAGCCUGUUCUUUUCAGUUGUCGAGGGCGCCAGAUGCCUCCACGCGCCCCGCCGAAUCGGAGGGCGUUGCCCCUGCUGCUUAUGCAGCACACGCUACGCGCCGACAGGAAGCUGUGAGGCAGUUUCACUGCCAGCGUCGGCAUGCUGAGCAAGCAGUGCGUUUAUUAAUGCAAGACUGUGUGAUAGCGGUACCUACUGACACUGUGUACGGUCUGGCAGGUGUUGUUCAGAGUGAAGAUGCUGUUGAAAAACUGUACAAAAUAAAACCCAUUUUAAAACGUCGGGAUGCAGCGAAACCAAUUGCGAUCUGUGUUAGUUGUAUCAGCAAAAUGGAAAAGUGGGCAGACACAAGCAUUCUUGCUCCUGCCCUCUUACAGUGUAUUCUUCCAGGACCUUUUACAAUCGUCCUCAAAAGAUCAAAAACUUUAAAUGCUAAAUUCAAUCCUGGAAUCCCGAACAUCGGUAUACGCAUUCCACAAGACAGAUUUAUAGUUGAAGUUGUAAAAAAGUUCGGAGAACGUAUUGCUCUUACUAGUGCAAAUAGCAGUGGAAAACAGAGUGCAAUUGCAGUAGAAGAAUUCUCUCACUUGUGGCAAUAUGUAGAUACAGUUUUUGAUGCUGGCAAAAAUCCACAAGAAAUCCGCACUGGCUCUACAGUUGUAGAUUUAAGUGGACACGGUAGUUUUAAAAUAAUCAGAGCAGGUUUAUUAUGUGAUGCCCUGAGGCAUAAGCUAUUUCAGUUUAAAUUAUUGGAACGCGGCGGCAUCGGCGGCGUCCGGCUGCCGGCGGCGCAUAAUGGCGACCGCGCCAGGACGCGACAGGGGUGGGCCGCCGCCGCCGCCGCUGCCGGGGCCACCCGGAAUUAA